AUGGUUGCGUCAGCAGAAGAUGAGCAGAGUCUUGUCUCUGACUUCCUCCGCCUCCUGUCUGCGCAUGCGCGCCUCCCCGCCGGCGUGACCGCCCCCACCCUGGUGCUGUGGACCCUGGUGGUGGUUCUGUCCGUCCGUCUGUCCGUCCGGCUGUCUGUGUGCGUGCUGAGCUUCAUCGCGUGGCAGGUGAAGAUAUGGAGGGACCGUCUGUUGUCCCUGGAGGAGAAGGAUCGCUGCUCCGUCUGGAGGCUGGGUCCGUUCCUCCCCGUGCUCUCCUGCAGCCAUCCCGACACCGUCAGGCCCAUCCUCGGCGGGAAAACGCAAAAGACCAGCUGGGUGUACGGAUUCUUUAGGCCAUGGCUCGGGGACGGUCUUCUGAUCAGCGAAGGGCAGAAGUGGCAGAGGAACAGACGUCUGCUGACGCCCGCCUUUCACUUCGACAUCCUGAAGCACUACGUCACGCUGUUCUCGGAGUCAACACAAGUGCUUCUGGAAAAGUGGCUGUCACGUGGUCCAGGCGCGUCUGUGGAGUUGUUUGACCAGAUCGGCCUGAUGACGUUGGACAACAUCCUGAAAUGCAGCCUCGGUUACCAUAGCAACUGCCAGACUGACGGCCAGUCUGCCCCGUACAUCCAGGCUGUGCACGACCUGACCAGCCUGAUAGACGAGCGGGUUGAUCGUCCACUACAACACAUCGACUUUAUCUACUACCUCACUGCGAAAGGACGCCGUUUCCGUCAGGCCUGCAAAGUCGUCCACAGUUUCUCCGAGCAGGUCAUAAUGACAAGGAAAGAGGAACGGAAGAAAGAAGAACUGAAAGAGGAAGACUUCACCUCCCCGGGCUACAAAAGUGGGAAGUGUUUGGACUUCGUGGAUAUCUUGUUGCAGGCGAAGGACGAAGACGGUACCGGACUGAGCGUUUCCGAGAUCCGUGACGAAGUCAACACUUUCCUGUUCGCUGGCCACCACACUACUGCCAGCGGAGUCAGUUGGACACUCUUCUAUCUGGCCCAACACCAGGAUUACCAGGACGAGUGCAGGAGGGAGGCGGAAGGCGUACUGGAGGGACGGACAGAAAUAACUUGGCACGACGUUGGUAAACUGCCGUUCCUCACCAUGUGCAUUAAGGAGAGCCUGCGCUGCGUUCCGCCCGUGGCUCGCUCGGCGCGCACCCUGCAGCUGGACCUGACGUUUGCUGACGGGAAAUGGCUGCCAAAGGGCACCUCCGCUGUAGCUGACUUCCCCGGACUCCACAGGAACAGCGAGAUUUGGGAAAAUCCGACGGUGUACGAUCCUUACCGCUUCUCACCUGAGAACUCCGAGAGGAGGCCUCCCCACGCCUUCCUACCCUUCUCUGCAGGACCGAGGAACUGCAUCGGGCAGAACUUCGCCAUGAACGAGAUGAAGGUGACCUUGGCCCUGACCUUGCAGCGGUUCCGGCUGGAGCCUGACGUCACCAAACCUCCCGUCAUCCCCUGCGACGGGAUAACUCUGCAGGCUCGGGGCGGCAUCUGGGUCAAAGUUCACCCGCUAAAGACCAAUACGUGAUAAUAAUAGUUUUAUAAUUAUGAUUUAUUUUCAGUUCUAUAAUUAUACAUGAUAAUAAUUGUGCUAUGCUGCGAUCAAUAAAAAACGCCUAUAAUUCCACAAUCUCCCACGCAGAGAC